UUCAUUUGUUUUUUUUUCUUUUCGUUUUUUUUCUGUUGCUUUUUUUUCAAUUGCCUUUUUUCCUAGAUUCCUCAGAUAUUGAACCACCGACAUGGACUACUCUUACUGACGUUUGUAACACAGUCGAAGAACAGUUCUAUUUCAUAUAGGUAUCUCGUAUUAUUUAUGUGUUUAUUUGAUAUUUAACCGAGAGAAGGACAAAACAAUAUAUUAUAUAAUUAUAUAGAGGGAUAUUAAAAAAAAAAAAAACAGUAAGUGUAAGACUCUGCUCUACGACUUUGGUUCGGUCUGUAAACACGAUUUCGAAGCAUAAGAACCUAAUGGGAAGAUAAACAGCACGUGUACGGAUUUAAAAAGAAACGAACCACCCGAAUACGGCGCAGAAGGCGGCGAACAGAGGUCGAAAAGGAAAAAUGUUGAAGGAAUCCCGUCGAAAGUCUCACGGUGAUAAGGCCGAGGCGAUGUUUCAAAACGAUAUAACGCCGCGAUAUUUUUUCGCGCUCCCAUUGGUCGGACCCGUGGAAGAAAUGCCGACGUGUCUGAGGCUCCGAGGGGAAAAAAAGCCCUCAGUCCUCACGACACUCUUACUUUGUACAUAAUAUACGAUUUAGUAUUUACCUUAUAAAAGCAUUGAUCUAAGACAGAAUUAGUUCUUAUUUUUGUGACACCGCGACUUGUUGGAGGUAGUCGGUCCAGCAGAAGAACCGUCUCCUCCACAACAUGAAGGAACCCAUGUUGCACGUCACUAUGCCGCUUUUCGCCGUAGCGUCUGUGGCAGUGUGUGCGGGUCAGGGCCGGCGAAAGCUAUGGGCGACCUGGGUGACUGCCCAGGGCGCCAGCACUUAAGGGGCGCCAAACUGAAAAUUAUUUUUAUUUAAAUUAUCUUUUAAUAGGCAUUGAGUAUUGAUAAUCUGUAUAAUUUAAAAUAUUAAUUAUCUAAUGUCGUUUAAAUUGAAGAUGCAUUUGCAAUUGUUUCAUAUUUGUAUAAUGUAAGAAUAAAACAGUGUACAUCGAUAUUCGAUACCUCUGGUUUUUAUGUAAAAAUUAUGCGUGGAACUAUGGAUCACGGAAGCAUACCACCGCAUUUGUGUGGGUCAAUAAAAUAUAUAGAUGGUCGUAAUAAUUAUUUUCAUAUUAUAUAUUCAGCGAUUUAUAAAUAAAUUCGUAAAACUAGACGAUUACAUCUAGAUUUGUCAGAAAAACCGCGGCGGUAAAACCCAUUCGGACCUUACGGCGAAAAUAACCAGUGUAAAUCAAAAAGACACAAUUAUCUGACACACACAAUUAUUAAAUAUUAUUAAAUUAUUAUAAAUUUUAUUGUUUUCGAAUUUAUUGUUUUUAAAGUUAUGAUACAUACUAAUUUUAUUUAACUUAUUAUUAAAAAACUUAAUUUUACUACUACUCAAACUAGGCGGGGGGAGGGGCUUGUUAAGGGCGCCAAAACAUGGUUUCGCCCAGGGCUCCACUACUUCUUGCGCCGGCCCUGGUGCUGGUCUAAAAUUACAAUUUAUUUAUAGAUAUAACAAUAGAACCUAAUACUGCGUUAAUACCCAUAAAACAUGUGUACACAUGUCUACGAUCAUAGAACAAUAAUAACAAUAACGAAAUAGACCGAACUACGAUGUGACGAACAUUGUCAAGGCCAACGCCAGAAUACGGCGGUUACAGUCGAGGCACUCGACGUCCGUGUUCACUAAUAAUUUGUUUGACCCGGUCACCUAACCUAGCCAAUGCUGUUUUGUAGUGUAACCGUGAUGACUGAUGGCACUCCAUCAUAAGAUGUUGUCCAAUGUUGUUAUUUUUGUUAUUAUUAAAUCGAGCGCCUUGGUGAAUUGGGUAAUUUUAAAUAGAUAAUAUAUGCAUUGAACCUGGCUCAUUGAAUCUUUGGAAUCUUGAAUGCAGAAUGGUGCGUAUUUGCGUGCUGCUACUUUCCAGUUACGUCUCUGCGACCACCAUUAGUGUGUGUUAUUUCCUCGUAGCUCGCGUGCAUCAGUAACGGGCAAAAGAGAAUAUCUACCAUCCAGUCCACCGACCCGUUUUCGUUUGUUAACCCACCUUAACAGAGUGAGUUGGAAGAGGAUCGUCAUUUUUUUGGAUUCGACUUAAGUACCGAAAGGGGGAUACAAAUUUAAAUCCAAGACCUACCUAAAAUUUAACAAAUUAUGUACAAGAAAAUAGUCCAGAAUGACCAAGGUCAAAAUCACCCGUAUAAAAUCAUCAGAACAAAUCCAUCAGUAAAUGAAGAAAAUAUUCAAUCUGAUUUAAAGUCAUCUGAAGAGCAAAAGGAACAGCCACAGCCAAGUAGUUCUAAAACUAAGGAACAAUGGAGAAAAAAGCAGAAAUCUCCUAAUAGAUCAGAACAGUGGGUAAAAAACCGUAAUUCAGAAGAUAAACAAGAAAUAUGGGGAGGAAAACAAUUUGAGGUAAAUGAACAUUUUAAUAAUCGCAAAACUGAAAAAAAAUAUAUCAAUAGAUACAGCUUUGGAUUUAUACGUCUUGCAGAACUAUGUUGCAAGGAUGCUUAUGAGAUAGUAUUUGUGAUGUGCAAUGAAGUUAAUGGAUUCAUGGACUUAUUUAAACAAAAUAAAGAACCAGAUUGGAUUUUUUUGCUUAUGAAAGUUUCAGCUAAGGUUUGUUCAACUGAAUUAAUACAGAGUAAACAUUUCUUGCUAACAGAACUUAUGUGCAAACAAUUUUUUGAUCAUCUAAAAACAUACAUACUGAGCACACCAACUGAAAAAAACAUUAAACGAUGCAACAAUAUGAGUACAUUUUAUGAAUAUUGUUUAGUGGUUUUCCAAUCUAUCAAUACAUUAUUUCCAAAAGAAGCAGAAGAAGAGUUAAAGGAAUUAAUCAUAAUAAGUAAUAUUGCCGUAAACGUUAUAAAAAGUUAUUGUAAUCAUAUUGAAAUUAAUGAAUCUACAAUAAUUGAAAUAAAUGAUUUGCUGAAAAACCUCAUUAAGGCUAAGUUACCAGAGGAAUUAAAGUUGAAAGAAACAUUUGAAAAUGAAAAUUUUGGACAAUCCAGGCCCCCGCCAGAAAAUUUUAGAAAACUAACUGCAUAUCCAACUGCAGUUGAUCUUGAUUAUGGAGAACCAUUUUUACGACCAAAUAUCUCCAAAGGAACUUAUCAAAAUGUAGAGCACUACUUAGAUGUUCAAUUUCGUCUUUUACGUGAAGAUUUUAUUGCUCCUCUACGAGAAGGUAUUCAAUUUUAUAAAGACACACUAAAUGAUCGAAAAAAAAAAAACAAUAUACGUAUUCAUAGCGAUGUUGAAUUUGAAAAAAAAUGUGAAUUUGGUCGUGAUAAAUAUGGUUAUCUGAUAAACUUUGACAAAAAAAAUAAAUUAAAAAUCAACUGGGAAGUGACAAAGCAAUUUAUGUAUGGUUCUUUAUUACUGUUUUCUUUAAAUGAUUUUAGGACUUUUUUUUUGGGUAUUGUCAUGGAGCGAAAGAUAGAACUUUUGACACAAGGAAAGUUAAUUGUGCAAUUAUUAGAAGAUGCAAAACCUUUAUUUAAUACGCCUCUAACUAUGGUAGAAAGUGAAGUAUUUUUUGAACCAUAUAAAUGUUCAAUGGAAGUUUUAAAAAAUAUUAAUACACUUAAAUUUCCUAUGGAAAAGUAUAUAAUAUCAGCUUGUAAUAAGAUCGACUAUCCAUAUUAUAUUGAUGAGUUACCUGAACACACCUACUAUGCAAUUGAUGAUUUGGUUAAAUUUCAAGUACUGAGUCAAAAUCAUUGGCCUACAUAAGAAUAGCUAGGACUUGAUGAAAUGCAAUAUGGAGCAUUUAGAGCGGUGUUGACACAAGAAUUUACAGUUAUUCAAGGACCACCUGGUACUGGAAAAACAUUCAUUGGAUUGAAAAUUAUUAAAACAAUAAUUAGUAAUUUAUAUGAGAAGCCAUUUCUCACAAAACCUAUUAUUGUAGUGUGUUACACAAAUCAUGCUCUUGACCAAUUUAUUGAAGGUAUAUUGAGUUUCACAGAUAAAGUUGUUAGAAUUGGAGGUCAGUCCAAGUCAAAAAUAAUAGAAAAAUACAGUUUGAGAAAUAUAUCUUCUACGCACAAAAAAUCCCUAACUACUUAUACAGGUCUAAGAAAUAUUGAAAAUCAGCUAAAAAAUACUAUGUCUAACAUCAUAUAUUUUAAGAAAUGGAGUGAAGUUGUAUCAUAUAAUGCUGGAAUAUUAGAGUUAUCACUGCUGAAGGAAGAAAAUAAAGAUAAUGAUGAAUCAAAGCGAUAUGAACCAGAUGACUUAGAUCUAGAACUUAAUCAUAAAGAUAUUGUUGUUUACAGUAUAUCGUUAAACGACAUAAAAAAUGCUUGCACAGAACUACUUGAAGAGAGUUUAAGAUUGAAGAAUCUAUCUAAUAAAAGUGUACAUUUUUUUAAUGAAUAUGAAGAAGCCAAAUUCAACUUUGGUGUAAUGGAAAGUAUACAUGUUUAUUUUGUAAAUAUGUUGAAUUUAGCUAAUGAUGAAAUAGUACUACCACAAACAAUAAAAAGUUUAAAUGUACUAAACAUGAGACAAAGAUGGUCUUUAUAUUUUUGUUGGGUAAAAGAAACCAAAGCUAUGUUGGAUCCUAAAAUAAUAAAGUAUGAACAAAAGUAUACUCAAGUCUAUAAGCAUUAUGCUGAAUUAAGACAGUUGGCUAACGUAGAGCUUUUAAGUAAAAUGCAUAUAGUAGCAUUAACAACUACCGGUGCAGCUAAACACAGAAUAAUGCUGGAAGGAUUAGAAUCGCCAAUUAUUGUUGUUGAAGAAGCUGCCGAAGUUUUGGAAGCACACAUUGUUUCAUCUUUAACAUAUCACUGUCAACAUCUAAUAUUAAUUGGUGACCAUAAACAACUACGUCCUAGUAAUGCAGUUUACAAAUUGGCAAAAGAUUUUAAUAUUGAUAUUUCAUUGUUUGAAUGUAUGGUCAAUAAUGAAGUACCUUGUUACACAUUGGGCGAACAACAUAGAAUGCGCCCUGAAAUAGCAUCUCUUAUAACUCCAUCCAUAUACAAUAAAUUAGAAAAUAAUAUUUCUGUUAGUAAUAGAGAACACAUUCGCGGUGUUACCAAAGAUGUAUUCUUUCUAAAUCAUAAUAUAUAUGAAAACGAAGUUGCAGACAUUUCAAGCAAAAGUAAUAAUCAUGAAGCUAGCUUUUUAAUUAUGUUUGCUUGGCAUUUAAUUUUACAAGGAUAUAAUACUGAUCAAGUUACAAUUUUAACAACUUACAGUAGUCAAAUGUUUCAAAUUCAGUCGUUGCGAAAAAAAUAUUCACAAUUGGAAGGGAUGAAGAUCACAGUGGUAGAUAAUUAUCAAGGAGAAGAAAGUGAUAUAAUAUUGCUAUCACUAGUUAGAAGUAACGAAAAGGGAAAUGUUGGAUUUUUGAAAACUGAGAACAGAAUAUGUGUUGCAUUGUCAAGAGCAAAGUAUGGACUUUACAUAAUGGGUAACAUGGACAAUCUGUACAAUUCUGGUAAUUUGUGGAAACAAAUAAAAGAAACUUUAGUAAAUCAGGGUUCUUACGGCGAUGAAUUGACUUUAGAAUGUGCUGUUCAUUCUGGUAUUAUGACAAAAGUUGCAAGGAGUGAAGAUUUUGAUAUUAUUAAGGAAGGUGGUGGUUUUUCCAUUAUGUGUAAAUCAUUGUUAUUGUGUGGUCAUUAUUGUUCAAGUGUAUGUCAUUCUUAUGACCGUGAGCAUUUGAAAUUUAAAUGCAUGAAGCCGUGUAAUAAGUUUUGUGAUUAUAAUCAUCCAUGUGAAAAAAACUGUUUUAUGGAUUGUGGAAAGUGCGCUGUGCCAUUAAUCAAAGAGUUACCGUGUGGUCACCAAUUAACAUUACCAUGUUUUGUUGAUAUUCUUACUUAUCCCUGUGAAGAAAUGGUGGAAGUUGUCCUAGAAAUAUGUGGUCAUACAAUUUUAAAAAAAUGUCAUGACAAAAAACCAAACUGCUCAUAUAAAUGUAUAGAUCGGUUAGAUUGUGGUCAUGCUUGUGAAAAAAAUUGUCACAAGAAUGAUGAUCCAGAACACGAGAAGUAUAAAUGCUUAAAACCUUGUGAAAAUAUGAGCAAAAAGUGCUCUUUAAAUCACAAAUGUCAAAAGAUGUGUUAUGAAGAUUGUUCAUUAUAUUGCGAUGUUAAAGUUCAGAAAGUUCUGCGUUGUGGACACAUCAAGAAUGAUAGUCUUUGUGGAUUAAAUAUUGAUGAGAUUAAAUGUAUUCUUCCUUGUGAUCGUCCAUUAAAAUGUGACCAUAAGUGUCAAUCUAAAUGCUACAAAACAUGCGCACCUUGUGAUAAUCAAGUAAUAAAAGUUAUUCCAGAUUGUGGCCACUCAAUCUCGAUGAAAUGUAAAGUUGCACCAGAACGUAAGCUUUGUACAAAGCAAUGUAAUCAAGUUCUAGAUUGUGGGCAUAUGUGUAAGAAUUUAUGUGCAGAAGAAUGUACAACUAAUGUUUGUGAGGAAAUAAUUUUACAAAAAAAUAGUCAACUCGCUUGUGGUCAUAAUAGCAUUUGAGUUUUAUGCAGUGACAAGGAUAUAGAGUUCAAACUGGACAGCCAAUAUCUACUUGAUAAAUGCCGUGAACCAUGUUUACAAAAAUUAAAUUGUAACAAUAUUUGCUCGGGAACAUGUGGAGAAUGUAAACAAGGACGUUUACAUAUACCCUGCAGUGACAUUUGCAACAAGAUAAACCCAUGCAAUCAUAUAUGAAGAUUCCCCUGUAAGGAGCGGUGUCCCCCUUGUAAUCAGGAAUGUGUCUAUUCUUGUGUGCAUUCUAGAUGUACUAGUCUUUGUGGUAAUCCAUGUGUACCGUGCAAGGAGAAGUGUGAUUGGAAGUGUCCACAUUUGAUAUGUACCAGAAAAUGUUAUGAGUAUUGUGAUCGUAAUCCUUGUUAUGAGCAUUGUACGAUAAAGUUGAAAUGUGGGCAUGAGUGUAUAGGUUUUUGUGGUGAACCGUGUCCCCCACUAUGUCGCAUUUGUCAAGAAUAUGAAGUAACUACAAUAAUUUUUGGCAAUGAAGAUAAUCCAAAUGCAAGGUUUAUUUAUUUAGAAGAUUGUGAACACACUAUAGAAUCUGAAGCUUUAACAAAAUGGAUGGACCAAAACAAUGGAAAAAUAUCUUUUAAAAAGUGUCCAUUAUGUAAAAAACCGAUUUUAAAAACCCAACGUUUCAUGAACCAAGUAAAGUUUAUAUUUGAAGACAUAUCAAAAAUAAAAAUAAAACAAUAUGGAGAACUAUCUGUUAUUCGUAGCAAUACAAAUACGAUAAUGAAUUCCUUAAAAUUCCUGGAUAAUAAUUUUGCUUCUAACUAUAUUUGUGAUACAGAUUAUUAUAGAUAUGAUAGAAUUAAAAAUUCAUGGGAUAUGUUCUGUAAGCCUUUAUUGGGUUCUUUGUGUACAAAACGUUCAAAGUUCACCUUACCUGCCAAUAAUAUUGAAUCUUUAAAUUUUGUCAUUUAUUUAUUUGAAACUAUUGCUAAGUGUAACAAUAGAAUUAAAGAAAUCAAAGAUAGCCAAAGAAAACAAACUAUUAUUAAUCACUUUGAUUGGAUUCUUUCUGUUGCAUUUACUUAUUCACAUCAGUUGUCCAAGCAACAAAAAUUUGAUAUUAAUAUGGAGAUGGCACGUGGUGUAAGGAUUAUGAAUUUAUUUGAGAUCAUGUCCAAUACAAAUUUUCAAAUCGCAGUUAGAAUGAAAACUUCCGACACAAAUGUUCUGGAAAAAAUUGUAAAUGACAUGGAGAAUUUGUUAAUGUCAUGCAGCAUGUACACAGUAAUCAAGGAUCAACAUAUACAACAUUUAACAGAAAAAAUUCAUCAAAAAAUUGAAUGUCUUCCUUUAAUAACAGAUAAUGAAAAACAAAUGAUUCAUGCAGCUAUGUCUACAAGUUUUAUUGGCAUUGAUAGAGGUCAUGGUCAUUGGUUCAAAUGUUCAAAUGGCCACAUUUAUUGUGGAAUCCUGAUUCAGCAGUCUAUUAAUUGUCCUCAGUGUAAUGACCAAAUUAGCAGUCAUGUUUCAGGAGUGAGAUGGCUAUCAGAAAUAUUUGUUACUCUAAAGAUUAUAUGUGUUAAAAGGUAUCUGAUAAUGGGUCCAAGAAAAAAGAAGUUUAAUAAUAGACACCAAAAUGACCAAAGUUUUAAGGAAAGAACUAGAGGUUUCAAAACACCAUCACAAUUAGAAAAUGUAGAUAAUAAUUCAUAUGAUAUUGAAUUAUCAAGAAAGCAAAAAAAACUGGAACAAUCAAACAGUUCUAAUCACCAAGAACAACAAAAAUAUAAAGUAAAAUCUUCAAUAAAGGAAUCAUAUAAUAAUAAAACGAAUCAAAAUGAAAUUAAAACUAACAGUAAUUUUAAAUUCGGAUACAAACUACUCGAAGAAUUAUGUUCCAAGGAUGCUUCUGAAAUUGUAUUUGUGAUGUCUAAUAAAAUGAACGGAUUCAUGGACCUUUUUAAACAAAAUAAAGAACCAGAUUGGAUUUAUUUGCUUAUGAAAGUUUCAGCUAAGAUUUGUUCUACUGAAUUAACACAAAGCAAAAUUUUUUUACUUACAGAACUCAUGUGCAAUCAAUUUUUUGACCAUCUAAAAACAUAUAUAUUGAACACACCAACUGAAAAGAAGAUAAAUAGAUGCAACAAUAUGAAUACAUUUUAUGAAGAUUGUUUAGUUGUGUUUCAAUCUAUAACUACAUUAUUUCCAAAAACAGCAAAAGAAAAGUUAAAAGAAAUAAUAGUAAGUAGUAAUAUUGCUUUAAAUGGUAUUAAAAGUUAUUGUAAUCAUAUUAAAAUAAAUGAAACUACAAUAGUUAAAAUGAAUGAAUUGCUAGAAAAGCUCAAGGACACUGUCUUAACAGAGGAAUUACAAUUGAAAGAAAAAUUAGUUUUUGAAAAUAUUGCACAACUAAUGCCUCCGCCUGAAAAUUUUAGAGAACUAACAGUAUAUCCGACUGCAGUUGAUCUCGAACGUGGAGAACGAUUUUUACGACCUAAUAUCUCUAAAGGAGCUUAUCAGAAUUUAGAACACUAUUUAGAUGUUCAAUUUCGUCUAUUACGUGAAGAUUUCAUUGCUCCACUACGAGACGGUAUACAAUUUUAUAAAGACACAAUAAAUAAUCAACAUGAACGUCGAAAAAAAAUAAAUAAUAUCCGUAUUUACCGUGACAUUGAAUUUGAAAAGAAAGGUGAAUUUGUUCGUGAUAAAUAUGGUUAUCUAGUUAACUUUGAAAAAAAAUAUAAAUUAAGAAUCAACUGGGAUAUGGCAAAACGAUUUAUGUAUGGAUCUUUAUUACUAUUUUCCGGAAAUGAUUUUAGGACUUUUUUCAUGGGUAUUGUUAUGGAGCGGAAGAUUGAACUUUUGACACAAGGAAAGAUAAUCGUGGAAUUAUUAGAAGAUGCAAAACCUAUAUUCAAUACGCCUCUAACUAUGGUAGAAAGUGAAGUAUUUUUUGAACCAUAUAAAUGUUCAAUGGAAGUUCUUAAAAACAUUAAUAGUCGUAAUUUCCCUAUGGAAAAGUAUAUAAUAUCAGCUUGUAAUAAGAUCGACUAUCCAUAUUAUAUUGACAUGUUACCUGAACCUACCUAUUAUGCAAUUGAUGAUUUGGUUAAAUUUCAAGUACUGAGUCAAAAUCAUUGGCCUACAAAAGAACAGCUAGGACUCGAUGAAAUGCAAUAUGGAGCAUUUAGAGCGGCGUUGACACAAGAAUUUACAGUUAUUCAAGGACCACCUGGUACUGGAAAAACAUUCAUUGGAUUGAAAAUAAUGAAAACAAUUAUAAAUAAUUUAUACGACAAUCCAUUACUCACCAAACCAAUUUUAGUAGUUUGUUACACAAAUCAUGCUCUUGACCAAUUUAUGGAAGGCAUAUUGAGUUUUACAAACAAAGUUAUUAGAAUUGGAGGUCAAUCUAAAUCAAAAAUAAUUGAAGAAUACAGUUUAAAGAACAUAUCUCGUAUGUACAGAAGAUCCAUUACAACUAAUAGAGGUCUUCAUAAUAUUGGUGAACAAGUCAAAACUACUAUGGAGAACAUUAAAUAUUUUAAGAAAUGUAGUGAAGUUGUAUCAUACAAUGCUGGAAUAUUAGAAUUAUCAUUGUUGAAAAACGGAAUGCCUAAACAAUAUCAUCAUUUUUUCAACACAACUUUGGAUCUCCUUUCUUGGUUAUUUCAAGAUUUUGAUUAUUUUAGUGUAGACCCAAUUGGGUUUAUAACUGGAGUCUGCAAUGAUUUGAUUGAUAGGGUUUAUCACUCAGAACAAUUGUUAGAAAUCCAAAAAGAAGUGGUUAAAGAUGAUGAUGAAGAAGAACCAUAUGAACCAGACUACUUAGAUCUAGAACUCAAUAGUAAAGAUAUUGUAAUUUAUAGUAUCACAUUAGACGACAUAAAAAAUGCUUGCAAAGAACUACUUGAGGAGAGUAUACGAUUAGAGAAUCUAUUAAAUUUUGAUGUAAAUUUCUUUAACGAAUCUGAAGAAGCUAAGUUCAACUUCGGUGUAAUGGAAAAAGUACAUGAUUAUUUUGAAUAUAUGUUGAAUUUAGUUGAUACUGAAAUUGAAUUACCGCGAACAAUGAAAGAUGUAUAUGUUUUAAAUAUGAGGCAAAGGUGGUCUUUAUAUUUUUGUUGGGUAAAAGAAACCAAAGCUAUGUUCGAUCCAAAAAUAAUAGAUUGUGAACAAAAGUAUACUCAAGUUUAUAAGCAAUAUGCUGAGUUAAGAGAGUUGCAAAAUGUAGAGCUCUUAAAUAAGAUGCAUGUAAUAGCAUUAACUACAACUGGUGCUGCUAAACACAGAAUAAUGCUAGAAGGAUUAGAAUCACCAAUUGUGGUUGUUGAAGAAGCUGCUGAAGUUCUGGAAGCACAUAUUGUCUCUUCUUUGACAAGUCACUGCCAACAUCUAAUAUUAAUAGGUGAUCAUAAACAACUGCGUCCUAGUAAUGCAGUUUACAAACUGGCAAAAGAUUUUAAUUUUGAUAUUUCGUUGUUUGAACGUAUGGUCAACAAUGAUGUACCUUGUUACACGUUAGGCGAACAACAUAGAAUGCGCCCUGAAAUAUCAUCUCUUAUAACUCCAUCAAUAUACAAUGAAUUGAAAAAUCAUAUUUCUGUUCACAAUAGGGAACACAUACGUGGUGUUACAAAAGAUGUAUUCUUCCUAAAUCAUAAUAUAUAUGAAAACGAAGUUGAAGAAAUUUCAAGCAAAAGUAAUGAUUAUGAAGCUAGGUUUUUAAUAAUGUUUGCUAGGCAUUUAAUUUUACAAGGAUAUAAAACUGAUCAAGUUACAAUAUUAACAACUUACAGUGGUCAAUUAUUUCUAAUUCGUUCGUUGAGGAAAAAACAUUCAAUAUUAGAAGGGAUGAAGAUCACAGUGGUAGAUAAUUAUCAAGGAGAAGAAAGUGAUAUAAUAUUGCUAUCACUAGUUAGAAGUAACGAAAAGGGAAAUGUUGGAUUUUUGAAAACUGAGAACAGAAUAUGUGUUGCAUUGUCAAGAGCAAAGUAUGGACUUUACAUAAUGGGUAACAUGGACAAUCUGUACAAAUCUGGUAAUUUGUGGAAACAAAUAAAAGAAACAUUAGUAAAUCAGGGUUCUUACGGCGAUGAAUUGACUUUAGAAUGUGCUGUUCAUUCUGGUAUUAUGACAAAAGUUGCAAGGAGUGAAGAUUUUGAUAUUAUUAAGGAAGGUGGUGGUUGUUCCAUGAUGUGUAAAUCAUUGCUCUUAUGUGGUCAUUAUUGUUCAAGUAUUUGUCAUUCUCACGAUCGUGACCAUUUAGAAUUGAAAUGCAGGGAGCCGUGUAACAAGUCAUGUGCUUAUAAUCAUCCUUGCAAGAAAAUAUGUUACAUGGACUGUGGUAACUGUACUAUAUCAAUGAUCAGAGAAUUACCAUGUGGUCACAAUUUGGCAUUGCCAUGUUUUGUAGAUGUUCUUACUUAUCCAUGUGAAGAAAUGGUAGAAUCAGUCCUAGAAAAAUGUGGUCAUACAAUUUUGAAGAAAUGUCAUGACAAAAAACCAAUCUGUUCAUAUAAAUGUAUUGAUCGAUUGGAUUGUGGUCAUGCUUGUGAAAAAAAUUGUCACAAGAAUGAUGAUCCAGAUCACGAAGAGUAUAAAUGCUUAAAACCUUGUGAAAAUGUCAAUAAAAAGUGCUCUCUAAAUCACAAAUGUCAAAAGUUGUGUUAUGAAGAUUGUUCAUUGUGCACUGUUAAAGUAAAGAAAGUUUUGCCUUGUGAACACAUUAAGAAUGAUAUUCCUUGUGGAUUAAAUAUCAAUGAGAUUAAAUGUAUUCUUCCAUGUGAUCGUCUAUUAAAAUGCGAUCAUAAGUGUCAAUCUAAAUGCUAUGAAAAAUGUAAACCUUGUGAAAAUCAAGUAAUAAAAGUUAUUCCAGACUGUGGUCAUUCAAUUACGAUGAAAUGUAAAACUAUACCAGAACGUAAGCUUUGUACUAAGAAAUGUGAACGAUUUUUAGAUUGUGGGCAUAUAUGUAAGAGUGCAUGUUCAAAAAAAUGUACAGAUAUAAAUUGUGAAGAAAUCGUAUUGCAAAAAAGUAGCAAACUUGCUUGUGGUCAUAACAGAGUUUGGGUUUUGUGCUGUGACAAAUAUGAAGAGUUCAAAAUGGACAGCCAAUAUUUACUUGAUAAAUGCCGUGAACCAUGUUUACAAAAAUUAAAUUGUAACGAUAUUUGUUUGGGAACAUGUGGAGAAUGUAAGCAAGGACGUUUACAUGUACCUUGCAGUGAGAUUUGCAACAAGAUAAAUCCAUGCAAUCAUACAUGUAAAUUUCCUUGUAAGGAGCGGUGUCCCCCUUGUAACCAGAAAUGCAUCUAUUCUUGUGUUCAUUCUAGAUGUAGCAAGGUGUGUGGUCAACCAUGUGUACCAUGCAAGGAAAAAUGUGAGUGGAAGUGUAAACAUUUAAAAUGCACUAGAAAAUGUUAUGAUUUAUGUAACCGAAGACCUUGUUAUGAGCCUUGCACAUUAAAGUUGAAAUGUGGACAUGAGUGUAUUGGUUAUUGUGGAGAACCAUGUCCUCCUUUAUGUCGAAUUUGUCAAGAAGACGAAGUUACAACAAUAGUUUUUGGCAAUGAAGAUGAACCAAAUGCAAGAUUUGUUUAUUUAGAAGAUUGUGAACACACUAUAGAAUCAGAAGCCUUAACAAAAUGGAUGAACCAAAAUGAUGAAGAAAUAUGUUUGAAACAGUGUCCGUUAUGUAAAACACCAAUUUUAAAAACCCAACGUUUCCUGAACCAAGUAAAAGUUAUAUUAAAAGAUAUAUCAAAAAUUAAAACAAAACAGUAUGGAGAAUUAGCUGUAAUUCGCAGCAAAACAAAGACAGUAAUUGAAUCACUAAAAUCCUUGGAUAAAAAUUUUAUUUCAAAUUAUAUUGGUGAUAAACAUUGUAAUAUCAAACAUUCAUGGAAUACAUUUUGUAAGCCUUUAUUUGGAUUUUUGAAUAAUAAACGUUCAAAGUUCACUUUGCCCGCCAAUGAUAUUGAAUCGUUAAAUUUUGUCAUUGAUUUGUUUAUAAAUACUUCAAAGUUUAAAAAUAGAAUUAAAGAAAUCAAAGAUGGCCAAAGAAAACAAACUAUAAUUAAUCACUUUGAUUGGAUUUUGUCUGUUGCUUUCACUUAUGCACAACAGUUGUCAAAUCAGCAAAAAUCUGAUAUACGCAUGGAAAUGAUACGUGGUUCAAGAAUUUUAAAUUUAUUUGAGAUCAUGUCUAAUGGAAAAUUUCAAGCUGCAGUUACAAUGCAAACUCUUGAUACUAAUGAAAUAAAAAAAACAGUAGAUAAUAUGGAGGCAUUAUUAAUGUCAUGCAGCAUUUAUACAUUAAGCAGGGAUCAGGAUAUAAAUAAGUUAACAGAAGAAAUCCAACAAAAAAUUGAUGAUCUUCCUUUAAUAACAGAUGAUGAAAGGCAGAUGAUUCAUGCCGCUAUGUCCACCAGUUUUUCAGGAGGCAUCAAAGCUCAAGGUCAUUGGUGUAAAUGUCCGAAUGGCCACAUUUAUUGUGUUACGGAAUGUGGAGGGCCAAUGCAGCAAUCUAUUUGUCCUGAAUGUAAAGUAGAAAUUGGUGGACAGAGUCAUCGACAUGUUUCAGGAAUCACCGUAGCAUCAGAGAUGGAUGGCGCUAGAAACCUCAUGUUUCAGUAUUAGUUAUUACUCAAAAAAUUGGCUUUUUAUUUUUAUUUUACCAGCUGAAUUAUUAACAUGUAAAUAGCUCAUGUUUAUUUUUAUAAUAUCAUAUAAACUUUGUUUCUGAUAUUAUUUUAUCUAGUUUAUUAAAAUAUUACAGUAUUUAAGUAUCACACUAAUUAGCAAAUGUAUCAAUUUACUAAUUAUUAACUAAUAAAUUAAUGAUAACAUAAUAAAAAUUAAAUUAAAUUAAAUUAUAACAUAAAUAAAUAGUAAAUAACACUUAAUUAUUGGUGUUUUUCUCUGCAUUUAAUAACAGAUUUAUAGCGGUUUAAUCAUGUAAAUAUGAUAUAAGAGUACUAAGUUGUAAUAAGUAUUGAUUAAGUUUAUUUGAAAUAUUUUUACUUGUCAAAUAAUGUUUCAUUAGUACCUCAUUUUUAUUAUAA